CGCGUCAGGUUGCCUUUGCUUACUAAACUCUACCAGGAGACAGUGAUCGUCGGUGGUGCGCAGAUCUAAAGGUGCGGGGGAUCGCGAGAUGAGCAGUCCCGAUGCGGGCUACGCCAGCGACGAUCCGAGCCAGGUACGCUGCACCAGCUCAGCCAUGAUGGCCGGGGCAGCUCAGUGCGCGUGGCCGGAGUCUCUCAGCCCCCCAACGCUCGCCAAAUCCAAGAGGGGGCGAGGGAAAGCCGAAGCGCGCAUCCGCCGGCCCAUGAACGCGUUCAUGGUGUGGGCCAAAGACGAGCGCAAGAGACUGGCGCAGCAGAACCCUGACCUGCACAACGCCGAGCUCAGCAAAAUGCUUGGUAAGUCAUGGAAAGCAUUGUCUAUGCUGGAUAAACGACCUUUUGUAGAGGAGGCAGAAAGACUGCGAGUGCAGCACAUGCAGGAUCAUCCAAACUACAAGUACCGGCCUCGGCGGCGCAAACAGGUGAAGAAAAUCAAGCGUCUGGACCCUAGCUUUCUGAUGCCUGGGGCAAGUGAGCCCUCGGGUCCUUUUGGUAUGGAGAAUGUUGAUGUUGGCUACUCCCUUCCCUCUGUAAGUUUGCCUCAGGGUGGUCUGCCUCAGUAUUGUGACGCCCCAGGCUUGUUUGAGCCAUACAGCCUACCCACCCCUGACACCUCCCCGAUGGACACAAUGGGGACAGAGAGUGUCUUCUUCACUGGCCACUCUCAGGAGGACAGUUCUCAUGUGGCCUACAGCUACCAUCACCACCAGGACUAUGCACAUCAAGGCCACCAGAAUUCUCUCAUUAGCACACAGGGUCAAAGCGGUGCAGGAAAUGAACCCCACUCGCAUGCUGCAGUGCAUUUGCAAGUCCACGCGCACACCACCUCCGACUCACAUAUUAGCACGCUCAAUCAUGGCAGCGCACAAGCUAAUUUGAUGAGCAGUGCACACUCUCAAGAACUUGGUAACACAACCAACAUUACACACCACAAUGUCAGCCACAAUAUAAAUUCUCACCAUUCCCAUCCGCUAUCUCAGGCACUAUUUAACAGAAGCCUAUCACCCGGCUCCAGUCAAGCCCCGCCACCUGCGUACUUGGCCUGCACGCCUACUCUAGGGGUCUUCUAUAACCCUGCCUCUCAUGUAAAACGGCCAGUGGAGCCAAUGUCACCUGUACAAGAAGGUCACACACAUCCUCAUGCUUCUGCUGACCAGCGCGCACACAGGCAUCCAGAGACACGGCGGCAUGCUCCUGAGAUGCUAAAUGAGAUGGCUUGUGGCGAAUUUGAGCAGUACCUCUCCUAUGGGCUUCCUCAUGCAUCCAUGCAGGGAUCCGACCUCAUCUCGACUGUAUUGUCUGAUGCCAGCACUGCUGUGUACUACUCUAACUAUAACAACACAUAAGGCUCUGUAUGCCAACUGAAACUACUGAGCCAACAAAAAUAAAUGGAAUAAC